CACAGUAUGCAAAUUUCACAAUAUAUAUAUACUUUUUGCGAGGGAUAAAUACAUUUUACAAUCCCAAAGUUCACGUGAAAUCAAACUCAAGCAUUAUCGAAAGCGCGAAAACAGAGAGAAAAUGGAGGACAUUGCAAGUGAAAGAGAAAUUACUGAAUCUGUCAAGCCAAAACUCGCAAUUCAAUGUGCUAAAUCUGCAAUUCUCAUCUCAUCACUGAAAAACACUACUACUCUCAAGUCUCCAAAUCUUAACCAAUACAAGAACGAGGAGGAGAAUUUGAAAGAGUUGUGGGAACUGAAGAUGGAGAUAUUGAAGCAGAAAUUGAAGAAUAAGAAGCUCAAACUAUGCAGCGUUACGGAGUUAUUCAUUCAAGUUGUGGUUUUACUCUCUGUUUGGACUAUGCUUCUUUUGCUCGCCUUUUAUUGAUGAUUCAGUACUGUUGUUCGAUUCAAUAGUUCUUCAUUGAAGUGUUUUUGUUAAUUAGGAGUACGUGAGAACUGAGAUUUGAUCUAAGUACUGCAGAUUUUUUGAAAUAAUUGCAUGAUUUUAUGGUUAAUUAGGUGCUGUUCUGUUUGUGGACAGGGGCGAAUUUAGGUAGGAAAAAUGGGUGACAUGAACACAUGAUCAUUCGACUAAACUCGGUAUGUUAUGUAUAUAAUUCUUAAAAUAUAUCUAAUAUUAACUGAAGGAACACAUGGUCAAAUAAGAUUGAGUGGAGCACUGGUUAAGUGCUGGGUUUAAUCCCUUGAGAUCGCGGGAUUGAACACAACUUAAUGCACCUUGCGUCUUUUUUU